GUUAACGUGGGGAUGCUAUGUGUAUAUUUAUGCCAACACCAACAUUGUAUUAUUAUUGACGAUGUCAUUUCGCUAUUAAACGGUGAACGAAACGGAUCAUAAAAUCAAUCAACGCUCGACGAUCAAAGACGCGACUACAACGAUUGCAACACAGACGGCAACGAAUAACGAGUAGCGAGCAACGGCAAACCAAAUUGAUAUUGAAACAUACAAAAACGAAAGCUCGUAUUUAGUGUUUCGCGAUGCGUUCGAAUAUCUAUCACGUUAAUCCAAAAAAUAUGAAUGAACGCGCCGAAACGGUGCCAGAUGUCCUUGUUAAUGGCCAGGCGAAUGGCAGUAUUAUGUCCCAUUCAGCCGAUGGGAAUGCGGGCAUUCUCACAAACAACCAUAGCAAUAGCAACAUCAAUAAUCACAAUGGCAGCAGCAGCACCAUAACAAAUGGUUUGAAUCACAAUAAUUCGAGCAUAUCAUUGCCCGUGCCGCUGGUGUCCAAUGCAGCGGUCAAUAAUAUUGGUAAUAGCGCCGCCUAUAAGAAUACCAUUGUUAUCGAUAAUCAGCCGAAGCGUAAAGUUAGCAUUGUAUCGGAUCCGGCAAGUGAAGCGCGCAGCAUUGGCGCCUACGACAAUCCAGCCUAUGAACAAAAUCCACAUCGCAAAAUAUCACAGGGCUGGAAGGUUGCGUAA